AUGCUGAGAUUUUUCAGAACUCUGUGGUUGGAGACAGUGCGGGACCCGGUGCUGGCGCGCCGGCUGCUGGGCCCCGACUUCGUGAGCUUCUCGUCGCGCGGCGUGCCCUGGGACGCGCGCGGCGACCCGCUGGCCGCGCACCUGCUCACCAUGGACGGCCCCGCGUGGGCGGCGCUGCGCCGCAAGCUGGCGCUGCAGUCCGGCGCCGGCUCGGCGGACCUGGAGGCCAGGGAGCUGGCCGCCCACUACGCCACCGACGUCAUCGGCCGCGUCGCCUUCGCCCUGGACUUCGGCUCCCUGCGGGGGCGCGGCGCCGCUGACGCCGACGUCGACUCCUCGCAGCGCUUCGGCGUCAUGGCGCGGCGCGUAAUCCGGCCCACUCCUUCGGCCGUGCUCAGGAGGUUUGCAAGGCUGCUGCUCCCGGAGUGGUUCUACCGGCGCCUGAAGGUGCGCUCUGUGCCACAGGACGUGGCGGACUUCUUCUGUGAGGUGGUGCGUCUCUCGAUGGACGAGCGCGAGCAGUCUGGCGUGGCGCGGAAGGACUUUCUGCAGACGCUGCUCGACCUGAGGAGCGAGGGGCGGAGGGACGGCGACAACUCCCUGGGCGGCAUCGAGCUGACGGAGGCGGUGGUGGCGGCGCAGGCGGUGGCGUUCUUCGCGGCGGGCCUCGAGACGACGGCCAGUGCCGUCUGCCUGUGCCUGCUGGAGCUGGCCCACGCCCCGGACAUCCAGCAGCAGGCCUUCCUGGAGCUGGAGAAGGCCGGGGUGCAGGACCCGCCUGCCUACGAGGAGCUCCAGGGACUGCCCUUUUUGGAUGCCAUCGUUGCCGGUACAUUGUCUGAGCCACUUUAUCAUUGUACUUAA